AUGGUGGACAGCGACCCAGUCUGGACUUCUGCCAGACUAAAUUCGGCCGCAUCCUCCCCAAACGGAAUCCCAGUGAAGGGCACAACGCGAGGCGGCUCGGUAGCGGGUGGCGAGAUCGGCCGGCCGGCGCGACUGCUGGGCCUGGCCCACGAGUGCAAGCGGCGACCGUCCCGGGCCCGGGCCGUCUCUCGCGGCGUGAAGACGGCGGAGACCGUGCAGCGCAUCAAGAAGACCCGCAGGCUGAAGGCCAACAACCGCGAGCGCAACCGCAUGCACAACCUCAACGCGGCGUUGGAUGCGCUGCGCGAGGUGCUCCCCACGUUCCCCGAGGACGCCAAGCUCACCAAGAUCGAGACCUUACGCUUCGCCCAUAACUACAUCUGGGCGCUCACCGAGACCCUCCGCCUGGCCGACCACUGCGGCGGCGGCGGCGGCGGUGGCUGCGGCGGGGUCCUGCCGGGCGCGCUCUUCUCGGAGGCAGUGUUGCUGAGCCCGGGAGGCGCUGGCGCCGCCCUGAGCAGCUGUGGGGACAGCCCUUCGCCCGCCUCCACGUGGAGUUGCAGUAACAGCCCCGCGCCAUCCUCUGCCGCGUCCUCCAACUCCACCUCCCCUUACAGCUGCACUUUAUCGCCCGCCAGCCCCGCGGGCUCCGACCUGGACUAUUGGCACCCCCCACGGCCAGACAAGCAUCGUUACGCACCUCUGCUCCCGGUAGCCAGGGAUUGCAUCUAGAGCGGCCAGCUCGCAUACCCACGCAGGCCUUAGUGGGCGGUCUUUUCGGGCUCCUACCGAACCCACCUCUCACCCGGCCCGUCAGCACCCCCACCCCACCCACACACACACUUUCCACGCCCCGAUCCCCGUCUCCCUUCUUCACAAAGCUGAGGUAGCCCUUCUGAUUCCUGUGGGUUUGGGUUGCAUUCUUGGCUCUGGGGUCCCUUUAUUGAGAAGGUCUCUGAGUGAAGCUGCAAGGAAGCUCAUUAUCAAAGAGGAUCGUGGAGUUUGGGGUGCGCUUCUGGAGGUUCGAAAGAUGUCGGGAGGUAGCGCAGGGCUGGCAGGGAGGAACGGACGCCCCUCCCUUCUCACUGUAACCGCACAGGACUCAGCGGUUCGUGUGAAUCACGGUGGGGGUGGGGUAUGCAACUGGUUCCUGUGAUCCCCUCACGUUCGCUUCUACAUAGAGAUGUUAAUGUCGAGUAGAAAGAAAUGUAUCUUAGCAUCUGAAUGAUUUUACUGGUAAUAAUAUUAUCCACAGAUUUGCAAUGGCUGGCAUCUGCUUUAUUCCCAUUGCUGUCUGCAAGCUGUGGGAAUUUCACCUGUCAAACCAAACUUUCCCUCUCUGAUGUGCACUUUGUUCGUUCUCUUUCCCAGAUUCGUCACAAUGCCUAUUGUCUCGCCCUUCUCUUUCCUUUUUCUUCCCCAUUUUGCCAUCUGUCUCUUAUGAUUUAUAAGGGGGGGAAAGUUGUUUUGUUAGAGGGCCAGGUUAGAAGUCAUUGUAUAAUUUGUAGGCUUUUGUAAUGAUUGAAUGCAAGCGUGGAAAUUUAGGCUGAACUCUCUAUCAAAAGAAAAAAUGCGAAGGAAAAGGGGAAAAUCGGGAGGGAGGAUUGCCUCAUGCAUUAUUUAUCUCGACCUUUUAGGGGGAGAAGGAACUCCCCCAUUCUUUCAAGAGAUUAAAAAUAAAUCAACAGACUGAAAACCUAAGCAGACACGGAGCAUUAUCGGGAUCAGUCACACACGUGUUCCCUUCUAUUUAUUAUAAAGAAAAAUUUCAUGGGAAAAGUAUGUAUUUUUUGUAUAUUCCACAGAGUCUAUUCUAGUAUGUAUUUACAUCUUGAAGAAGAGAAGACUGUUCUCGUGCUUAAACUAUAAAUAAAGUAUCUAAUUUUCAUAA